CCUUAAGAGAUUUUGCUUUUUGUUUUAACUUUUUAGUUUCACUUUCGAGAUUGCCGUAAACUUGCUGAUGAAAACGUCCACGGUGAGAGUGUUAGGAUUUGAAUAAUUGAAAACCAGCUCUCAUCAGAAUAAGUGAAGAGGGUGGAAUCAUGAGACAGACUUUGUCUUAUCGAAUCUCCUUCUUUGCGGGGCUGUUGUCCCUUUGGACGCUCUGUCAGUCCUCUGCCAACAGAUGUGCUAUCAGCUACGAAGUAGCUGACUGCAGUCACUUGAAAUUGACUCAGGUGCCAGAUGAUCUCCCUACAAACAUUACAGUGCUGAACCUGACCCACAAUCAGCUCAGAAGGCUACCACCUGCCAACUUCACACGAUACAGCCAACUGAGAAUCUUGGAUGGAGGAUUUAACUCCAUCUCAAAACUGGAGUCAGAACUUUGCCAAAAACUCCCCUUGUUGCAAGUAUUGAACCUCCAACAUAACGAGCUAUCUCACCUCUCUGACAAGACCUUUAUCUUCUGCAGGAAUUUAACUGAACUCCAUUUAAUGUCCAACUCAAUACAGAAAAUUCAAAACAACCCUUUUAAAGACCUCAAGAACUUAAUCAAAUUAGACUUAGCGCAUAACGGCUUAUCGUCCACAAAACUAGGGACGGAGCUCCAGCUGCCCCAUCUCCACGAGCUUUCCCUGGCCAAUAAUAAAAUCCGCGCAUUAAGACGUGAAGAACUUGAGUUCCUGGGCAAUUCUUCUUUAACCAACUUAGAGCUGUCAUCGAAUCAAAUUAAAGAGUUUUCUCCAGGGUGUUUUCAUGCCAUCGGGAAACUAUUUGGCCUCUCUCUAAACAAUGCUCAGCUAGGCCCCAAUCUCGUGGAGAAGCUUUGUUUGGAACUAGCAAACACAAGUAUUUGGCAUCUCUCUCUGAGCAACACCCAGCUCUACAGAACAAGCAAUAUGACAUUUUUUGGACUAAAGGAGACAAAUCUCACCAUGCUCGAUCUAUCCUAUAACAGUUUAAAUAUGAUCACUAAUGAUUCAUUUGCUUGGCUUCCACAUUUGAAAUAUUUCAACCUGGAGUAUAAUAAUAUAGAACACUUGUCUUCUCGCUCCUUUUAUGGGCUGUUCAAUGUGAGAUACCUGAAUUUAAAACGAUUUUUUGCUAAGCAAAGUACUUCUCUUGCUGCACUUCCCAAGAUUGAUGAUUUUUCCUUUCAGUGCCUAAAAUAUUUGGAAGACCUUAACAUGGAAGAUAACAAUAUCCCAGGAAUAAAGAGCAACAUGUUCACAGGAUUGAGGAGUCUGAAAUACUUGAGACUAUCCAGCUCCUUUACAAGCUUGCCAGUUUUAACAAAUGAAACAUUUUCAUCACUCGCUCACUCUCCUUUACUCAUGCUCAACCUAACCAGAAAUAAAAUCUCAAAAAUAGAGAGUGGUGCUUUUAUUUGGCUGGGCCACCUACAGAUACUUGACCUUGGCAUUAAUGAAAUUGGGCAAGAGCUCACAGGCCAGGAAUGGCAAGGUCUGGGAAAUAUCAUUGAAAUCUACCUUUCCUUUAACAGGUACCUACAGCUGUCUAGUAAUUCCUUUGCCUUGGUUCCAAGUCUGAGACGACUGAUGCUUCGAAGGGUGGCCUGUAGAAAUGUGGAUGUCUCCCCCUCGCCUUUCCACUCUCUUCACAACUUGACCGUUCUGGAUCUCAGUAACAACAAUAUAGCCAACAUAAAUGAAGCCAUGUUGGAGGGGCUUGGCAAACUAGAAAUUCUGGAUUUGCAGCACAACAACUUAGCAAGGCUCUGGAAACGGGCCAACCCUGGAGGUGCUGUUUAUUUCCUGAAGAGUCUUCGUCACCUCCACAUCCUGAAUUUACAAUCCAACGGCUUUGACGAAAUCCCAGAGGAGGUCUUCAAGGAUUUGUCUGAGUUAAAGAGCAUUGACUUAGGACUGAACAAUUUAAACAUACUCCCACCAUUCAUCUUUGACCACCAGAUCUCUCUGAAGUCAUUGAAUCUUCAGAAAAAUCUCAUAACAUCAGUUGAGAAAGAUAUUUUUGGACCACCUUUCAAGAACCUGGUUAACUUAGAUAUGCGAUUUAAUCCAUUUGAUUGUACAUGUGAGAGUAUUGCCUGGUUUGCUAACUGGAUCAAUGGGACCCACACUAAUAUCUCUGGGCUAUCCGAUGACUAUCUCUGCAACACUCCAGCCCAAUACCAUGGUGUCCCGAUCACGCUUUUUGAUGUGUCCACCUGCAAAGACAGUGCUCCUUUCCAACUUCUAUUCAUCUUAACUACCACCACCCUCUUGCUUUUUAUAGUCACUGUACUGCUCGCCCAUUUCGAGGGCUGGAGGAUAUCUUUUUAUUGGAAGGUUUCAGUGCAUCGCAUUCUUGGUUUCAAGGAGGUAGACAACAAGGCGGAGCAGUUUGAAUAUGCAGCCUAUGUAAUUCAUGCCCACAAAGACAAGGACUGGGUCUGGCAGCACUUCUCUUCCAUGGAAGAAAAUGACCCAUCACUCAAAUUUUGUUUGGAAGAAAGGGAUUUUGAGGCAGGUGCCCUUGAACUCGAAGCAAUUGUCAAUAGCAUCAGAAGAAGCAGAAAGAUUAUUUUUGUUGUAACACAGAAUCUAUUGCAAGAUCUGUUGUGCAAAAGAUUCAAAGUGCACCAUGCCGUUCAGCAAGCUAUUGAACAAAAUCUGGAUUCCAUUAUACUGGUCUUUCUUGAGGAGAUUCCAGAUUAUAAACUGAACCAUGCACUUUGUUUGCGAAGAGGAAUGUUUAAGUCUCGCUGCAUCUUGAGCUGGCCUGUGCAGAAAGAACGCACCAGUGCGUUUCACCACAAAUUGCAAGUCGCACUUGGAUCCAGAAAUUCAGUACUUUAAAUUUACUUAAAAAUUAAUUUACGAGUCACUUUUCCAGUUUCAAAAGGCCCAUGGUAAGAGUUUUCACUCGACCACAAGGUAACUCUGCGGACUCUUUUAUCAUGUCACAGUUGUAUCUCAUCUCUUGAAACAAGUGUCCCUAUAGGAAGCCCCUUGUUCCUCAAGUCCCAAAGUCACCACUAUCCAGUUGAUUCUGACUCAUAUCAACUGUCUAGGGCAGAGUCCCACUGCCCUGGUGGGUUUCCAAGACCUGUGCAGCAGUGGAAAGCCUGACGCUCCUCCUGUGGAGAGACUGGAGACUUGCACAUGCUGAUUUCGCGUGAGCAGCUCAACGGUAACCCACCACAUCACCUGCCUGCCCCUUGAUCCCGAUUCACUAAAUUCACCCAACAGGAGCUUGUCAUCAUAGACUGGAUUUAACUGCUGAAUACAAAUUGGUUACCAUGACCCGGUACAAUUUAAAACUUUUAAGAGAUCUCUCAUUUAAAGAAAAGAGAGUUGCAUGAAGAUUUAUGUGCAUGUUCUUGAUAUUUGGAGGGAUGCACAAUUAUCAAAUGGAAGAUAAUUGUUUUAAUAGGUAUAAUGCAAUAUCAAUUAGAAAAGAGUAAAAUAUAGACCCAUACUUAAACAGGUUAAAUACAGUUUCUUUUUUUUUUUUUUCCCAAUGGAAAGUUGUUGCCUUCUGGCGCCUGUCUCAGUGUGGACCGGCUACAUGCUACAUGCCACUUGAGUAUAUAUACACUGGAAGACAGAAACAUUUGUAUUCGCUCUGGUUAGUUAAUUAAAUGAAGACUUUAAUAAAUA